AUGUAUCAAGGUGUCCAGAGGUGUGCACCUGGGGAGGGAGGGAGCUUCCAAUGCCUGGUGGACGGGGCGGAAUUGGCUCGGCACGUCGGUGAGGGUCUUAGCAUCUUCACCGACCGAAGCAAGAUUGAAGGGAAAGUCGGAGCGGCGCUGUCCAUAUGGAACGGUGCCGCCGAGACGAGUACCAGAAAAUUGCGGCUCGAGCCAUACUGCUCUGUCUAUCAGGCGGAACUUCUCGCCCUCCGCAAAGCCGUGGAGGAGGCGCUCCGUAGCGGGCUUCCUGCGUGCGGCAUCUUCAGCAACGCAAGGUCCGCUCUCGACGUCGUCGCCAGAGGUGAUUCCCUCCACCCCAUAGCGUUUGAAAUAAAAAAAUUGAUAAAAGAAGCCAAAAAACGCACCCAGAAAAUUGAGCUUUUCUGGGUGAAGGCACAUGUGGGUUUGGAGGGAAACGAGAGGGCGGACGUACUCGCUAACGAUGCCGCACAACACCUGAAGACCCGUGCGCACUACGACAAAUGUCCGGUUUCGUUCGUCAAACGACAGAUCCGAAAGGACUCGAUUGAGCCGGAGAUACGCGGACGGAGAGACGGCUUCGGUGACGAAGCUGUUCUUUCCGGACGCGGUCGAGGCGCACAGGGUCGUAAGGCGGAUCGCCCUGGACGCCACACUGACGCAGGUGUUCACGGGGCACGGCGGGCUCUCCGAGUACUUGCAUCUGUUCAAGUGCAAGGAGAGCCCGGCGUGCCAAUGUGA